AAUCUCUCCCACAGGUUGGUGGGCCACAGGGUUCAGCAGUACCGCCUUUCAACGGGUCACACCGUGGUAUUGGACACCAAAUACGGACAGGUUCGAGGACUCCAAAGGAAGACGGUCUACGAUAAGGAGUUGUACUUCGCUUUCGAGGGCAUACCAUAUGCCAAGCCUCCGAUGGGCGACUUAAGAUUUAAGGCUCCUCAACCACCUGAACCCUGGCAAGGAGUGCUCAACUGUACUAACAAUCGAUCAAAGCCCCUGCAAAGGAAUAUGCUUUUGGGGAUAGUGGAGGGCAGUGAAGAUUGUUUGCAUUUAAAUGUCUAUGUGAAGACCUUGAAGUCGGAAAAACCCCUACCAGUAAUUGUGUGGAUUUAUGGAGGGGGCUUCCAGAAGGGAGAGGCCUCCAGGGAUAUUUACAGUCCUGAUUACUUUAUGAAGCAACCAGUGAUUUUAGUCUCUAUAAACUACAGGUUAGCAGCACUAGGCUUCCUGAGUCUAAAAGAUCCAAAGUUGGAUGUUCCUGGAAAUGCGGGACUUAAGGACCAAGUAAUGGCCCUCCGCUGGAUCAGUCAGAACAUAGCCUAUUUCAACGGAGAUCCAAAUAAUGUCACAUUGAUGGGAGAAAGUGCAGGAUCGGCAUCCGUUCAUGUGAUGAUGACUACGGAGCAAACACGCGGCCUCUUUCAUAAGGCCAUUAUGCAAUCGGGAUGUGCUCUCAGCGAAUGGGUCGAAAGUCCGGAUCACAAUUGGGCCUUCCGGCUGGCUCUGAAUUUGGGUUAUAAAGGCAGCAAGAGGGAUGAGGAUGUACUACAAUUUCUCAAAAAUACCCCUGCCCGUAAGAUAGCGGCGAUUGACCAGGACGUCAUCACCCAGGAUGAGAUUAGGACUUUCCUACUAUUUGGCUUUGGUCCAGUGGUGGAGACUUAUGAGACCGACCACUGUGUGGUGCCCAGGAGACACAAGGAGCUGUUAUCUAAAGCCUGGGGAAACGAUAUUCCUGUUAUUAUGGGUGGAAAUUCGUUUGAGGGCUUGUUCUCUUACCAAGUGCUGAGAAAUGAUCCUUGGGGUCUGAAGAAUUUCCACAACAUACUGCCAAGGGAGGUGAGGCAAUCCAGCAAUCUGGAAGAGCAGGACCUUCUUGUCAGGCGUUUGAAAAAACUCUACUUCAACAACGAGAUGCGGGAUACGAUGGAGCUGUUUGAGGCUUUGAAUAUAUUUUCACAUCGUCAAAUUUGGCACGAUAUGCAUCGCUUGGUUCACGCCCGUCAGUCGUAUGCUCCCAACACUCCUACUUACUUAUAUAGAUUCGACUUCGAUUCUCCGCACUUUAAUCAAUUCCGGCGUUUGGUUUGCGGCGAUCGUAUCCGUGGAGUGGCCCAUGCGGAUGAAUUAUCAUAUCUUUUUUACAACAUUAUAGCCACAAAACUGGAAAAGUCAUCGAUGGAAUAUCAAACAAUACAGAGGAUGGUGGGCAUGUGGACAGCUUUUGCCUAUAGUGGGGAUCCAAAUUGUCCGGAAUUGGGAACUGCUAAGUGGGAACCCGUCCAGCUGAUGGAAACCGGAGUAGAGAAGUGUUUUAAUAUCAGUCAUGAACUCGAAAUGCGGGAAUUACCGGAGGCGGAGUCAAUGGCAGUGUGGGAUACGUUCUAUUCCAAAGAAGCUCUAAUAUAGUCCUUAGAUUUAUAGUGUACACUUAUUCCGGCUAUUCCUGCCUUUUCAUGUAGAUAGUCUAGUUUCUAAAAUCUUUUCUAAAUUUCAAAUCAUUAUUUCCGAAUAAUCCUAAAAAUAUUGUAAAACUGAAAGUUAUAAAUAACUUUAAUUUUAAAAUAUUUGCUAGCGGUAGGAAUAUAUAUAUUUUAUAUAAUUUUUGCUAUAAAAGUAAUUUGUUUUCAAGACUUAAAAUAAGUGUCAUAAAAUUUCUACACCUACUAUUUUGAAAUAUCAUCAUGAGUUUUGUUUAUAUUCGUAGAUAACGUGUGACUUACAUAAACACGUAUUUUGUUAAUGAGUCUGGCAUAUUUAUAAGUACGAAAUUUAUAAAUAGAAAUGAAGAUUAGGACUUGCAGUGUCUUCCAAAAUAAAUAUUUGAAAUAAAUUCUUUUUGCUCAUUUCUUAUCUUGGGCGGAAAAGGAGCUCAUUAAUCGAAAUUCUUAAUCUAUGUUUUUAAUCUACCGAAAAAGUGGAAGAAAUGAUGGCAAAUUAAUAUGAGUUAGUUUUUUAUAGAUAGUUAUGGAAAUUUAUAUGACUAAUGAAAAUGAUUAAUCAUAUUUGAAAUAAACCAAAAAAUGAUGUGCAUGA